GGCUCGGGUAAUUUUCCUCUGGAAAUUUGAGCGUAUUUCCCGGAUGGAAUUCGAUUCAGACUCCGACGUUUCACGUAUCUAAGCCACCCCUUCAAGAAACUGAGAACCAUCACCGUCAGUCCGUCACCUGUUAUCUCCACCACUGCCACUCCCUCAAACUCAUCUUCCUGAGCUGAUUCUUUUGGUUAAUGAGAAGCAGCAUUGAAUCGUUUCCUUGCGCAGGUUUAUAGAUUAGGAAGUGAAAUUUUGGCUGUGGGCUGCCUACUUAGCGGUAUCCUUCUGUCCGCAAAUGCAACGUUAACAGUGGUAGACCAGACGGGGAACUCUCUCAUCUGCAUUCGCAUUGCCCUUAUUAAUUUGUAAUAUAGAAGGAGAGGCACAUUCAGUUGAAGAGGGAAGAGAGAGAGAGAGAGAGAGAGAGAGAGAGAGAGAGAGAGAGAGAGAGAGAGAGAGCAGCAAAAGCAAAGACUGUUAGUUAAAGACGUGUGAAGAAUUGUGAAGAAUGAAGAAAGAAACUAAAGAAAAACAAAGGUGCCGCCAAGAACCCGCCUUGUAAAUCCGAUAACCACAACCCACCUCUCCUCUUUUCUUCUCCCUCUCAUCUACCAAACUCCUCGCCACCUGUAACGCCCUUAAGCUUCUUCCAAGAAAAAAGACAAUUUUCACAAUUCUUUUAUCUAUCUAUCUAUCUAUCCAUCUACCUAUCAAUCUUUCUUUCUUACAGCAAAAGGGAUCUUUGUAUUGAAUAUUAGAGACGUACUGGACGGGAUGGCUGGUGAUGCAGCUGGGUCAUCUAUCCACAACACUGUUUCUUCUUCAUUCAUAUUUACCAACUAUCCACUUAUUGUUGCUGUUGUUGCCUUCGUUAUAGCCCAAUCCUCCAAGCUCUUCAUUUAUUGGUAUAAGGAAAGGAGAUGGGAUUUCAAGGAACUUGUUGGGUCUGGUGGAAUGCCAUCAUCCCAUUCUGCCACUGUUACUGCACUUGCCAUGGCUAUUGGGUUCCAGGAAGGCUUCGGAGGAUCAUUGUUUGCAACUGCACUAGUCGUAGCAUGUAUUGUUAUGUAUGAUGCAACUGGUGUAAGACUACAUGCUGGGCGUCAAGCAGAGGUCUUGAAUCAGAUUCUAUAUGGACUCCCUGCUGAGCAUCCUCUGGCAGAAAGCAGACCUCUACGUGAGCUUCUUGGUCACACUCCUCCCCAGGUUAUUGCUGGUGGCGUGCUCGGGAUUGUGACAGCAAUUGUUGGCCAUUUAAUCAAAAUGAGCACAAGUAGAAGUUGAUGCAAAAUGAAAUCACAGCCUUCUUGCAGCAAAUCUAAUGGAUAGGACUCUGAUGACAUUAUAGGAAAGAAUUACAACUUGCAGAGAUUUUGACCAAAAGUGGUUCUUAAAAUCUUGGAAUGAUGAUUUGUGCUGUUUCCAACUCAGCAUCAUCUUCCAUUAAAACUCACCUUAUGCUCAUUCUAAUGAUAACUGCUAAUAUUUUAGCUAUGCAAUUUGAACUGAAGGCGCAUUAUUAUAUGAUGAGGCUCACAUGUUUUGGAUCCAUCUAU